UCCGUCUUCGAUCCCUCCUCUGUCCCUCGAUCUCAUCUCUUCAUCUCUUCUCGCCCUUCAUCCCGCCUCUCCACACGCCAAUAUCAAUAUAAAUCACAACCGUAUUCUGAGCUCACUAGGAAAGAAUAGCCAAGCAUGAUUUGAGCCAUCUAUUGCUCUGGCGCAAAGCCCCCGCCCCAAGCCAAUUCCGCCCAUCGCGCUCGUCAAGCACUACUAGUAAACCACUGUGUGAACCACUUUCUCUUCAACAAUGGCGCUACGCCGAGCCGCAUUGCGCCGGACAGCCCUCCUUUAUCGUGCCGUAAACCUUCCAAAUCCCUCGAUCCGCCAAUGGCCGAGAGGUAUUGUUACGUCAGACGGAGGUGGGACGGACGGGAGAAGACGUAAGCGUGGUGGUGCCGGGAAAUUUUUGGGGAGCGUACUAGUAGCUCUAGCCGCUGGCGGUGCGGUAAUAUCAUAUCCAUAUCUCACCGGGAAAGCCGCAAAGCCGUGCGAGGAGGCGGUUGUCGAAAACGAAAGAUCCAUGCCCCUACCCGAGUCGAAAGAAGAUAAUCGCGAUAUCAUCAGCAGCCAACAUCUCCAAGCGAAGAAGAGCUGGGAAAGCCCCGGAGUCUAUGCCUGGGGCGCUAACUCGGGCCGCGUAGCUGCCCCCGACUCCUCGGAGGCUGUUAUCAAAACGCCGCGGAGGAUACCGUACUUCGAUGGAAAGCUAUUGCGCGAUAUCAAACUCGACCGCGAGUUCGGCGCUGCCGUGACUGAGGCUGGCGAUCUUGUGCAGUGGGGGACUGCCUUCUCGAAGACGAACCCCGCCCCCGUGGAGACUCUACGAGGCAAGAAUAUUGUCAAGAUUGCCAUAUCACGAGACCGUAUCAUCGCCCUCAGUAAGGACGGUGCCGUAUACUCAGUACCUGUCGCUAGCUCAGACCAAUACUCUAGUCAUAGCUCUGCCCAGUCAUGGUUCUCCUUUUGGUCCACUCCCGAUAAUACUGUCAACUAUCGACAAAUAACACCACGGAACCUGGGGUGGUUUGAGGAUGUCGUCGAUAUAUCUAGCGGUCUAGAGCACGCCCUGCUUCUCACCUCUAGAGGCCGAGUCUUCUCGGCCGCUUCAAGCACGUCGGAAUUUCCCUCAAAGGGUCAAAUGGGUAUACCAGGUCUCACCUGGGCGACCCGCCCCAAGGGACCGUAUGAUGCACCUCAUGAAAUUCUUGGGUUGCAGGGAUUUAAGAUCACGCAGAUCGCCACAGGCGACCAUCAUUCUCUAGCACUCGAUGAUAAGGGAUACGUAUUUGUGUUUGGCGACAAUUCCUUCGGCCAGCUCGGAUUUGAAGUGGAACCCGAGAUUCCAUUCAUUGCUACUCCUAUUCCACUCCCUUUUAAUAAGAUUUACAGCGGCACCAAACGACACCCGCGCAUCACCUCCAUUGCCGCCGGUGGUGCAACAUCAUUUUUCGCGGUGGAUGCGACGCGUGUUGCGGGUUUCCUGGAGGAUGACGAUUUAGAAGACGUCGACCAGGUAACGGCCGACACCUGGGCUUGUGGAUCCGGGAUCUCGGGUAGCUUGGGAACUGGCAAGUGGACACAUGUUUCGCUCGGCCCAUCAAAGAUCAAGCUGCUUUCCGGCCUCUACGAAUGGGACGAGAAGAGGGGUUCGGCUACGCCGAUCCGCCUUUCACGACUAAGCGCCGGCAGCACACACGCGGCCGCGGUGAUGGACAAUGUAACCUCCGUCAAGGCCUCGGCGCGCGAUUCCGCCAAGGACACAAAUUUUGGUGCAGAUGUCUUAUUCUGGGGCGGCAACGAAUUUUACCAACUCGGCACCGGCAAGAGAAACAACAUCCCCUCGCCCACGUAUAUCGAGCCCCUAGAUGGCGAAGAGGCCGGCGCAGAGAAGGGAUGGAAGGGGGAACGCCCCCGGCUCCAGGUCGCACCCAGGACCAAGGUUAGGCUGGGGGAAGGCGGCAAGGGUAGGAAGGUCAGCGUCGAGCAACGUGUAGAAUGCGGCCGGUUUGUGACGGCAAUCUACUCUGGGACGUAGAAAACGACAAUCUCUCGAAGCCUGUAUUAACAACCUGGUGUCUGGGUGUGUUCUGGGUGUACACUACGACACGGUCAAAAGCUGAUGGGACGGCCGGAUUUGGUUCACGAACUGGGGAUUCUUUGGGUACGGUAUCGGGUCCUCCAAUCAUUUCCCUUCCGAAAUCUACGUAGAUACCCCCUUCUCAAUCUACAAAUGUGUGUAUAUGUAUACACCGGCCGUUGUUGAUGUUUUCACCGCAUGACUUACUGCCACCUCGUCAUCGUGAUCCUCCCGCAAUCCCGACCGUGACC